UUGUGGUUCCAAACUGAUGCAUCAUGAUUGAUUUGUGAUGUAUCAGUAAAAUUAACACAAAUAAUAUUUCAAAGCUAUAACUUAUCAUAGCCUCUUGCGUGUUCAAUUCAGUUUAGUUUUUUAGGCUUCAUUUACAAACCAAGUUCUCUCAUUUUCCUCCUCACGGAGUCUCUGUCCAUACACGAAUGGGGAAACCACCGCCCGGAAAGUGCUCUCAAGAAGUCUGGUUUGGCCUACUAGUUUCUUUUCUUUUGUGCCUUGUAUUGCUUUGCUUGAACUAUUCAACUUCAUUGGGUGCCAACAAUGGGAUCGAUCUUUCGAUGAGUAAACAAGUUCGUCCAAUUGGUGUUACGAAGAUUAACGACACCGAAGAUUCAUGCUCCGAUCGCUACAUUUAUAUCCAUGAGGAUCUUCCUUCCAAAUUCAACAGUGAAUUCCUCAUCAACUGCAAGUCUAUUUCUGCAGGGAUUAGUAGUAGUAGCACACCAAGUAUGUGUCCUGACCUUGUGAAUUUGGGUCUUGGUCCUAAAAUUGAAAACUCUGAUGGGGUUUUAGCCAACGAGAGUUGGUUUAUCACAAAUCCUUACUUGUUAGAAGUCAUAUUCCACAACAAGAUGAAGAAGUACGAGUGUUUGACAAGCAACUCCACUCUGGCUUCUGCCAUUUAUGUGCCAUUCUAUACUGGCAUGGAUGCCAGUGUUCAUUUGUGGAAUUCUAACCUCACUAUCAGAGACUCUUCAGCUAAGAAUUUGGUCAAGUGGCUUUCGGGGCAACCCGAAUGGAAGAAAAUGUGGGGCAGAGACCAUUUCUUUGUUUCUGGGAGGACUUCUUGGGAUUUUAGGAGGGUAAGAGACAAUAGUUCUGAGUGGGGUAGUAAACUCAGGUUCUUGCCAGAGUCCAUGAACAUGACUAUGUUAUCAAUGGAAGGAAGCCUUUGGAAAAAUGACAUUGCUAUACCAUACCCUACAAGCUUUCAUCCUGCAAAGGACAGUGAGGUGGUUCAAUGGCAGAACAGAGUGAGACAACAAGAAAGGCCUUACUUGUUUGCUUUUGUUGGUGCACCAAGGCCUCACCUGCAAGGUUCUAUCCGGGGCAAAAUUAUUGAUCAUUGCCAAGCAUCAACUACUUGCAAGUUUUUGCAUUGCGGUGAAAACAAUUGUCACAACCCGGUUAAUAUUAUGAGGGUGUUUCAGAGCUCAGUCUAUUGCCUGCAGCCUCGAGGGGAUUCAGACACUAGGAGGUCAGCUUUCGACGCUAUUCUGGCUGGUUGUAUUCCAGUCUUUUUUCAUCCUGCCACCGCGUUUUCUCAAUAUUUGUGGUAUUUACCAAAGAAUCAUACCAAGUAUUCCGUGUUUAUUCCGGUGAGGGAUGUAAAAGAUUUGAAAGAAGAAGGCAUCAUUGAGAAAGUCUUGCAGGGAAUUUCAAAGGACAGGGAAUUGGCCAUGAGAGAGGAGGUUAUAAGGAUAAUACCAAAGCUGGUAUAUGCAGAUCCCGGGUCAAGAUUAGACACUCCAGAUGCCUUUGAUAUAGCUGUGCAGGGAAUUCUUGAGAGAACAGAGAAUGUUAGAAAGGUGAUUAGAGAGGGGAGGGAUCCUAGUAUUGGUUUUGCAGAGGUUGAUGGUACUAAGUUCACAUUUCCUGAUACAGUAGACUAACUAUAGACUUGGUUGAAUGCAGUAUAUACUUUCUGAGUGAAGAUACAGAAAUUGGGGGGGGGGAAGAGGAGAGAGGAAGAACAGCUUAUGUAGAGAAAUAAAAUAUAAAGAAAAGAUCUGAUGUUCUAUUGUUUUUAAACUUUAAAUUUAUAGACCAUAAAUUUGUAUUCCACUAUGCGAUUAUUCUCCGUUGUUUGAUGUCGAUUGCAGAAGCUUUCCAGAAAGUUACAGAUA